AUGGAAAAAUACCAUGGAUUAGAAAAAAUUGGAGAAGGUACAUAUGGUGUAGUUUACAAAGCACAAAACAAUUAUGGUGAAACAUUUGCUUUAAAAAAAAUAAGACUAGAAAAAGAGGAUGAAGGUAUUCCGUCAACUGCGAUUCGAGAAAUUAGCAUUUUAAAGGAAUUAAAACAUUCAAACAUAGUAAAGUUAUAUGAUGUAAUACACACAAAAAAAAGAUUAAUACUAGUUUUCGAGCAUCUUGAUCAAGACCUUAAAAAACUUCUAGACGUAUGCGAUGGAGGACUCGAAUCAGUAACGGCAAAGUCAUUUUUACUUCAAUUGCUAAAUGGAAUAGCCUAUUGUCAUGAACAUAGAGUUUUACACCGUGACUUAAAACCGCAAAAUUUAUUAAUAAAUAGAGAAGGAGAAUUGAAAAUCGCAGAUUUUGGAUUAGCCAGAGCCUUUGGAAUACCAGUGAGAAAAUAUACUCAUGAAGUUGUAACAUUGUGGUAUAGAGCACCGGACGUUUUAAUGGGUUCAAAGAAAUAUUCCACUCCAAUUGAUAUGUGGAGCGUCGGAUGUAUAUUUGCCGAAAUGGUAAAUGGCAGACCAUUAUUCCCAGGGGUGUCUGAAACAGAUCAGCUAAUGAGAAUAUUCAAAAUUCUGGGAACCCCCAAUUCGCAGACUUGGCCAAAUGUAACUGAACUGCCAAAAUAUGACCCGAAUUUUAUGGUUUAUGAGCCAUUGCCAUGGGAAACAUUUUUAAAAGGAUUAGAUGAUACUGGAAUUGAUUUGCUUUCGAAAAUGCUGAAACUUGAUCCAAAUCAGAGAAUCACUGCAAAACAGGCCCUUGAACAUGCCUACUUCAAAGACAGUAAUUGA